AGAUAGAAAAAGAAAAAGGAAACAAGAUGCUGAAGUUAUCUUGUACUCUUAGACCAGCUAGAACUCUAUAUAUAGGGCGGAUUGGAGUGGAUUGUUUGGUAGCUAGUUAAGGAGGAAAUAACAGAAGGGGAUGACUGGGUAGUAACAGUAGGGAAAGAAAUGGCAAGAAAGGAUGAUUGGGUGGAGACAAUAAAGGAUGAAUUGCAGCGAAUGGACACUAUCCGAACCGUAGAAAAGCAUCACUGGGACAAGAGUUUCAUAUACAGAGUUCCGGAGUCCGUCGUCACAUACCAAAACAUGAAAGCCUACAGGCCUCAGUUUGUCUCGUUUGGGCCUUACCAUCAUGACGAGUAUCAGUUGAAGCCGAUGGAGGAGCACAAGCACCGCGCUCUCCUCCAUUUUCUCAAGAGAUCCUACAGGCCUCUCGAGUCCUACCUCAACGCUCUGGCCGAAGUUGCUCAGAGUCUAAAAGACUCUUAUGAGUUGCUCAAUCUUGUUUGGGAGAGAGACACUGACAAGUUCUUGCGAAUGAUGAUUCUUGACGGCUGUUUUAUGCUUGAGGUACUGCGUAACAAUACGCAGACAGUCGAUCAAAAAAGUACACAGACAGUGAAUGAUUAUGUUGCCAAUGAUCCAAUCAUUAGUAAUCAUGGGAAGCUCCACAUUGUGCCUUCUAUUAGACGGGACAUGCUUAUGCUUGAAAAUCAACUCCCUAUGCUUCUUCUCACCACGCUUCUUGAUGAGGAAACUAAGCAAGAUGAGGAAUUUGUGAACAAGCUCAUUCUCCAGUUUUGCUGCGGCAACACCCGGUUCGCAGCGUACCCCAGCAUGGGUAAAUGCUUGCACUUACUCGACGUGCACAGAAAGAUCCUCCUUUGGCCAGACACCCGCAAGGCAAAAACCGGCCACCAGACGAAAAGCUGGUGGAAUUGGAAUCUAUGCAGCAGAAUGGCCCAUGAAGCCGGUGCAGGCGACGAGAUCAUCCGGCGGUCUGCAAUGGAGAUGCACGCUGCCGGAAUUAGUUUCAAGAAAAGCAAAAGCCAAAGCCUCUUAGACAUCACCUUCGAAGGCGGAAAGCUGAGGCUCCCACCCAUCGUGGUAGACGACACUACCGAGUCUAUGUUUUUGAACCUCAUCGCUUUCGAGCGGUUACAUGUUGGGGUCGGGAAUGCGGUCACCGCUUACAUCUUUUUCAUGGACAGCAUCAUUAUUGGUAUUGCCAAAAACGUCAGCCUCCUGCACGUCAAAGGCAUCAUCCAGAAUGCCAUCAGCAGCGACAAAGCAGUGGCCGAAUUCUUUAAUUCCAUUGCUAAGGAUGCAACACUCGACCCGGCUAGCAGCCUGGACUUGGUGCAUAUGAGGGUUGAUAAGUACUGCAAGCAUUGGUCGAGCAAGUGGCGCGCUUGACUGGCCAAUCUCAAGCACACGUAUUUUAGGAGUCCUUGGUCGAUUUUCUCUUUGGCAGCGGCUAUCUUGCUUUUCGUCCUCACUUUACUGCAAACAAUAUUCACCAUCUGGCCAUCCAAAUGAUUCUCCGACUUUGGUCUCCUCCUAUGCCUUAUGCAGAUCCAAGACGUCCG